UCUGUGUUGGUAUCAGUCCUCCAUGGAGCCUUCUGCCCAGACAGCACCUCCAAAAAACCUCCAGUUUGCAUCAGAAGUUAUAAGGCGGUUUAAUUUCUGUUAGAGCUCACGUGGAUCAGGACUUUUACAUCUGGAAGCAACACAUGAGCAUUGAGUUUGAUGCAUUUCAAGGAUUCAGGAGUGAGGUAUCAUUUUGAAGUAUCUAACCUCAAAGAACCAAAGAGGAGAGAGGCAACUCGGAGUUUGUCAUUUAAUGCCUGAAGGAUUCUUUGACCAGUAUCUGAUGGAUCCUUAAAACAAUGGAAGACUUUGGACUGCGCAUGUGCACUUUUACUAUGAAUCAUGGAUGAAAACAGUUCACUUGCGACCCCUGAGUACAAUGACAGUGUCACAGUUUGGGCACUGAUGCCCUCGGCUCCCAGCAGACACCUGGGCACGCUUCCCAACCCACAGUCCUACUUUAAGGAUUUAGCAGGGAUAUUUUUCAUGGUGACCCUGAAUGUUCUGGCGCUUCUUGCUAACACUGCGGUCCUGGUGGUUGUCAUCAAAGCCCCUCAUCUCAGGAAAUUUGCCUUUGUGUGCCACCUGUGUGCAGUAGACCUGCUGUGUGCCAUCCUGCUCAUGCCUCUUGGGAUCAUUUCCAGUUCUCCGUACUUUGCUGGAGUGGUGUUCACCGUGCUGGAAUGUCAGAUCUACGUCUUCCUUAAUGUAAUCCUCAUAGCUGCCUCCAUCUUCACCAUCACAGCCAUCAGCGUGGAGCGUUACUAUUACAUCGUCCACCCCAUGCGCUAUGAGGUCAAGAUGACGCUGAAGCUGACUACGGCCGUGGUGGUGUUGGUGUGGGUGGCGUCUGCAGUGCUGGGCCUGUCCACUGUGUUUGGCUGGCCGUCCUACAGCAGCCUGAGCUCCAUCAGUGCUGCACACUGUUCAAUGCAUUGGAGCCACAGUGACCACAGACGGAUUUUCUCUAUCUUCUACAGCGUCACCUGCUUCUGCGUGCCGGCUGUGGUCAUUUUCGCUGUGUACUGUAACGUCUACAAGGUGGCCCGUGUAGCUGCACGCCAGCAUGGACCUCUACCUUCAUGGACAAACAGUCAGUUAAAGCACCGCUCUGACUCAAUAAACAGCCAGACAACCAUCAUCACAACCCGUAACGCCCCACACAGGAUUGUGCGUGACCGGCCUUUUGGAGGUGGUAAAGCUGCACUCACCCUGGUUGUUAUUGUGGGACAGUUUCUGAUCUGCUGGCUGCCUUACUUUGCCUUCCACCUCCAUCUUACAAUUUAUACAACGCCCCAAAUCCCUGAUGACUUGGAGGAAACAGUCACCUGGUUGGCGUAUUCCUCCUUUGCUAUAAACCCGUUUUUCUACGGGCUUCUUAACCGGCAGAUCAGGGAGGAGCUGUGUAAGCUGAGGCGCUGCUACUCAGCCCGGCCGGUGGAACUGGCCGUCUCCAGCCACGAGGGUUCAGGCCAUGAGAACUUCCUCCAGUUCCUUCACAGGACCAGCUGUACUGUAGAGACACGUGCAAGCUUCGCCGCAUCCAGCCCGAGGAGCACUUUGGAUCAAACUGGGCAGACUGGUUAUAGGAUACCAGGGCAAAUCCCAGAGGAGUUCAAUUAGAUAUACUGUACUGCUUUACAAAUGAGAUGAAGACUGGUUGAAUAGAAUUCCAAACUAUAAGCAUCAUGUCUGGUAACUGUAAUAUACAGUGUUCAGUAAACACAUCAGGAAGUCAAUACCUUUAUUAAAUGAAACUUGAAACAUUUUUCUAUGAAUCUUAGAGAAAAGUGUCCAAUCGCUUUUACAAAUAAUAAAUAACUUUACGUGGACUAAACUACAAAUCAUUGUGUUGAAUUUUCUGAAGUGAUACUUUCUUUUUUACUAUCUGUUUUUAUUUAAACAUUCAUCAGCUUCAGCACUGUGUCAUUCAUUCCAACAGAGGAGGCAGAAACUGAUGUGUACAGAAUCCCCAGGUAUUCAACAACAAAUUCAGCAGCAAUAUUCUUUGUACACCCAAUUUAUGUUCCAAGAAUAGGCCUAUAUGUGGACUUUAUUUAUUGUGGUCAAAGAAAGACACAUUUUCUUCUAAAUGUGUUGUUCCUUAUUGCUAUAAAUGUGAUAAAAUAAACUCUGGUCACCA